UCCUCAUAUCCGCCCUCACAAGCAGAUUCCCUCCUGACAGCACAAACGCAUUCUCUGCAGUUCUGCACUUUAAAAUGGAUCGACAUUUGAUUUGCAUCUUGGCAACGCUGUUGUUUUACAACAAGUUAACUGCAGGAGCUGGUAGAGUGCACGUAAGCAAAGACGGGCAGAAGAUUGAAGUGAGUUGCAAGCCCUCUGAGGUCGGGUCCAUGGUUAUGUGGUUUCGAGUGGUGGACAAAUCCGGCAUGGAGUUCCUGGCAUCUUACACCAACAAUGGCAUGCAGAAGUCAACGAGUGACUCCAUGUCCCACUUCAGUGACCGAAGAAUCCGUGAUGACAUCAUCAUUCUAAAGUCCUUCAGCAAAGCUCGUGACAGCGGCAUUUACAGUUGUGCAUCUCUAAAAAACAACCAGCUGAAAUUCGGCGACAUCACCCGACUGACAGGAGAUGGUGUGUCAAAACCUCCUGAGGCCCCCACCGUCAAACUCAAUCCAUCCACGACCACUUUACCCUGUGCUUGUGAGAAUGUUACUAAGCAAGGUCACUCCAUGUUGUGUAAUCCCAUCAUACUGAUUCCACUAGCAGGCAGUUGUGGCCUUCUUCUCCUACUCAUCCUCAUUAUUGUGGUGUACUGCAAUCGUGUGAGGACACGUAGGUGCCCGCAUCAUUACAAAAAGAGGCCGCAAAAGAAAAUUGCUCCUGGAAAACAGCAGCAGCAGCAGCACACUUGAUCAUUGUACACAUUAUAAACAUUCUAUUGUGUUGACAUGUUCUAUUUCAAAACUGUAACUAGAUGCAUAAAAUAGUUAACAUAAUUCAAGUACUCAACAACUCCAUUUUUACCACUCCCUUCAAUGUAGUUAGUUCAGUUUUAGCGGUGAUGAGCCUUUAUUUGUAAUAAAUUGAGUUACAUUAUUUUUUGUUAAAAUCUCAAUUAGUAGUAGUCAUAUGGUAAUACUUUAUGCCCAUUAAUGAAUGAUGAGCCUGUAGACAGACAAAGAAUAUUUUAUUUCAGUAGGCUGAAUGUUUACUUAUCCCAAUGAUUGUCCAGAAUAUUGAAAUAUGGAUUUUGUAUUUUAUUUUUAUAUGUAAAUUUCUCUCAAGAAAUUUUAACUGUGCAUUUGUUGACUGUUUAAAAUUAUAUUGUUUUUUUAAUAACCUUACUGUUUGUGAUUUACAAAUACCCAAUUAGAAUUGAAUUUUUAACUUUGUAUUUUUUUUAAAUUAUAUAAUAUGGGGUAAAUCUAAGAGUACAGUAUUUUAAAAUUCCUACAUUUCCGAUAGUAGUUAUAUAUAAAAUGAAACAUCAAAGAGCACACAGACAUUUUAAUUAAUCAGUGAAUUGUCUUUAUUUAUGUUCCUUGUUUUGUCACUUUCUGAUUUAAACAAACCCACUCAUUGCUUCACUAUCAGUCAUUCGGGAUGCUAAAAUAUAUUGGUAGACAUUCAAUGGUUUUAGCAAAAUAGAUGAUGAUGUGUGUAAGCCCCCCAAAGUGAACAGGAAGUGGGCUGCUAUACCUUUCUGCAGAGUGAAAAACCACCAAGUCAGGAGUUUUUGUUCCUGUUCAGGUUUGACACACACACACCCACACACACACACACACACACACACACACACACGGAUCCCUUGCACGUUAAGAAAAAAAAAUAAAAAUGAAAAAUGUUCUUAGCAGUAUUUAGCCCACUCAUCAAAGUAGCUCGUGUUUUUAAUUCCUUUUAGGCACAAAUGGUUUGGAAAAUACACAUCUAUUGAUUAUUAGAUUCAUUUAGUGUUCCCAUAUCUAAAAUAUGUCACCGCUCUUGAUGUGCACCCAAAAAAAAAAAAAAAACUGAGGAAGAAAAUCUCUUUGUAUUCACUUAACACAUCAAAGCCCUUUAAAGUCAUACAGUGUUUUUUGUUUGUUUGUUUUUUUAUAGCGUAAAAUCCUUUUUUACAGUUGUUUCAAACACCACCUUUGUUUACGAAGUGCAAUUGUGGCAACCAGUACAUUUUACAAAAAUAUAUACUAAAGACCCUAUGGAUAUUUCUCCAAAUGGCAUUUGCAAGAAAUUAAGCCGCCUGGAAAGCUCUGCAUAUUUGUAAGUAUUGUCCAAAAUAAAAGUGAACACAGCUGUACACUAGCAUCUUAAUGGCACUUGAGCACAUAAUGAUAAAAAACAAAUUAGAUUUGGAUAAAGCAUUGCACAACAUGUUAAUACUAUACACUCACUCCACACUUCUUAUGGAAGAUGACUGUCAACAAGCUUGCACGGCCGUUGUGUUACGAGUGUGGCGUAGGAUAGCUAACACAUGACAUGGACAACACCUUUCUUAUACACAAUGACCAGCAAAUUAAUUUUUUUUGGUUCCAGCAUGUCUCGCCACGCAGACAGAAACCGAAAGCUCCUCAUCCUUAAAUACAAGUGAAACCAAGCAAACAAUGCAUGGUUGUAAGUGUGUGUGUGUGUGUCUAGGUUGUCGUUUAACUACUGUACAUCCUUGAUGAUUUAAUAAAAUACAAUCUCAAUGCAGAAUAGGGUCCCCGUGGGUGCGUCCUCAAAGGCCUCUGGAGGUCAAACUGCACCAGCAACCUGCAACAAACAUUUAUUUAUUAAUGUAUUCAUUUUCACUGAUUAUUAGGAGCAAACGUGCAUUCAGCACAACCAAAAGAUACAUUUGUUCAUUAAAAAAUGUUAGUCUAAAAAAAAUUUACAUUAGAUUCUUGACGUGUUCUUUAACUGUGUAUGCGCUGCAAAGCAACCUGUAACAUUGUGCCUGGAUCCGGCCCCCCCUUCCAUGUAACGACUACGCAUCGUUUGUAGUAACAUUUGGGAAACAUUGUAACGAUGCCGUUGGGCGUAUCACAGGCUAAUUUGUUACACUGAGGCGAUGUAGAGUGGCAUUACGUCACAAUCAAUGGUGGUAGAAAGGUCCCUCGUAUAAGGCAUCAGCAGCUCAUGAGUAUUAGACACAGUCCAUCACAAAUACAAAUCAUAAAAUGUGUACCCUUGAUGGUUGAGCUGGACGAAUCUAAUUAUAUGAUGGUUUAUACAUUUUGAUUGAAACAUGUCAAAAACACAAAAAGUGAUCCGUUUUUCAACAAUAUGCCUAAAAAUUGUCCUCAUUUCUGGAAUGACCCAUCAACAAUCCAUAACUAUUUUGAUCACUUAAAAUGUGUCUUUGAUAGUAUACUAUGGAGUGUUGAGAAAUAAGAGAAAACAAAACCAAAAAAAACUGAUGAAUGCCACAUUCUUCCUGAAGAGUGCUUGAGUUGAAUUUAUCAAUUUGUCUGAACUGUUUUGUGAUGAGAUCCUUUGUGCCUGCAGUGUGACCGUACUACAUUUCCUCUUCAUCGAGUGCACGAAUGACACAAACCUGACAGUGAGCAGCCUAGCUCUUCUUUCCCUGCUGUGUCGAUGUUCGUACGACAUCUGAGCUUAGCUGGCCAGAGAACUGGUUGUCGGCAGGGGACGCCGAUGUGUGUUGUUUCUGGAAAACAA